CAGGAAGCUAAUAGAGGAGCAUUCAGACCUGGUGGAGCAGUUACGUUCAGCAGGUAGCGUGGAUGAACUUAUGAGGAUAGUUUACCCCAGUUACUGGAGCAUGCUGAAGUGUCGUUCCAAGACGGGAUCGCGCUUGCCUCACAGAGAUUACACCUCCACAGAAACAAGGUCGGAGGAGGCCUCCUUUGCGGCUGCUUUCAUCAAUCUUGAAAUUAUUAAAAGUAUUGAGACAGAGUGGAGAAAGACCCUGUGCAUGCCACGCCAAGUUUGUUUAGAUGUGGGGAAAGAGUUUGGGGCAGCUACAAACACCUUCUAUAAACCACCCUGCGUGUCUGUCUACAGAUGUGGGGGCUGCUGUAACAGUGAGGAGCAUCAGUGCGUGAACAUCAGCACUUCAUAUAUCAGCAAAACGUUGUUUGAAAUCACAGUUCCUAUCAAGCAAGGGACCAAGCCAGUCACCAUAAGCUUCGCCAACCACACUUCCUGCAGUUGUUUGUCAAAACUGGAUGUGUACCGACAGCGGCACUCAAUCAUACGAAGGGCACUAGCAGAAUGUCAUGUGGCAAAUAAAACAUGCCCAAAAAAUCACAGCUGGAGUAAUCGCUUAUGCAGAUGUGAGCCUGUGCCCGACACCCUUCUUUCAAAACCGCAUUCUGCAGACACUGAGCAGGACUUUUGUGGCCCGGACAAAGAGCUGGAUGAGGAGACCUGUCAGUGUGUAUGCCGAAAAGAGCUGAGAACGGCAGACUGUGGACCACUGCACUACCUGGACAAGAACACCUGUCAUUGUGCGUGUAAAGUUCAGCCCUCCUCCUGUGGGCCUCAUCAGAGCUUCAACAAGGACACCUGCCAGUGUACCUGCUCCAAGGUGUGUCCUAGGAGUCAUCCUCUCAACCGCACCAAAUGUGUGUGUGAAUGCACAGAGUCUCCUAACAAGUGCUUCUUAAAAGGGAGUCGGUUCCACCCAGCCACAUGCAGUUGUGUCUGGCCGCCAUGUAACGUGGACCCCAGGAGAAGGAGAUGUAAGGAUAAUGAGUAUUUCAGUGAGCAACUGUGUUACUGUAUACCCACAUACUGGGGGAGACUGAACUAAAUACAACCAACAGUACAGGUAGCACUGAAUGCUUACGGACACGCUGGUAUUUGGAGCAGUGCUAAUGUUCGGCUGCUGCUUAUCUGACUCACAUGUGCUAGGUCAUGUGGACUAGUGUGGAGUAAGUGGGAGACAACAAAUGACCACAUUUAACCCCACAUAUCAAGCAUGGGGUGAGCUAUUAAGGACUGAGAGAAAUGUUCUAAGGCUGGAGCCAUGUUUUUUCAUUGUUUUAAUUGAAUUGUCUUUUCAUUUUUUUUGUCAGAUAAUGAUUAUAUAAUUUAUUGCCAUGAAAUGUUUUGAAUCUCCCUUGUUCAUAGCAUUCAUUUCAAAUCUCUGCAAAGACAAAAAAAACCCACUGUGAUCAAUAUUUUUGUAUCAUGUUAAGUCCCGUAAAAUAAAGUAUAAAGUUGUAUUAUAUAUUGUUAACUUAUUUAUAAGCUAGACUAUCUUAUUGUAAUAAUACUGCACAUGAUUCAAAUUUAUUUAGUAUUGACUACCAAAUACUGUAUAUGCACCUAUCAUUCCAGAUAAAGUUAUUCCAGAUAUCAAACUGACAGUGCAAGCCGGCAAAGAAACUUUUUUGUGCUGGAAGCAUUGCUUGUUGACAAUCUAAAACCAUCAUGCAAGUCACCUACAACAUCGAAGACUGUGAACAAGGAAAUACAGCAUGAUAUUAACAGGGGCAAACCCUGGAUAUGGACCAUUAGCAGUAUGCAGUUCCAUAAGAGUUACAUGAGUGACAAUGUACACUUGGAUGAAUGGAUUUCACUUAUGUCACAUCCAACCUGCCUCCUUAAGUAAAAACAGUAUUACAGUGAAACAAGCUCUAAGUUUGGAGAUCAGUGGAGGACUCAUCUUUUAGGACUUUAACCUCAAUUGAUUUGUAAAUAGGAGCAAUGUGAUUGGCCCAACUCCACUUGAUAUCGGCCCUCUGUUUCAGCUUGACACUGUAAAUAUAAUAAAUCACCUCUGCUUCCA